AAGAGUUACUGUUUAGAAAAAUUGGUUAGUGGCCUAAGAUUUGCACAGUACUGUUGUCCAUGAAUCUAGAGCCGUAAUGUAGUCUCUGUGGUUGUUCCACCUAUGCUGACUGGCUGGAUUCUGCAUGGACUGUCUAUCUGUUGAGAUUUUCAACUGCUUAAGGUUUCUCUGUAACAUGGUUGUGAAUGUAUCCCUGGAGCAGCAUGGAAGGUUCAGUGAAGCCCAAUGUCUCCCUACACCUGGGAAGAAUAGGCAGGCAGGCAGGCAGGCAGGCAGGGAAGAGGUCAGGGGCGACCAACUAAGUCUGACGCCACCAGUUGUGCUGAUGCACCACUUUGGCAUUUCAGCAGCCGGAAGACAGAAGGGCUGCUAUCUGGCAGAGCCUGCUUGGAGAGAGAGAGAGACACACACACAGAGGGAGGAAGGGAGGGACUGAGAGAGCGAGCGAUUGAGGGAAAUAGAGAAAAUAAAAAACUGGGAGUGUGAGAGACUGAGCUGGGGAGAGGAGUUAAAUUCUCAGUGUGUAGGACAGCAGUUUUGAGUGCUAGGUUUUCUAACCAAAACUGGGAUAUGAAAGAAGUGGCUUCAGCACGACAGAGUCCAUAUUGAGGACGCGGCUGUACCCACUAAAUUGUCCCUGGAUGCCUUGCUGAAGAUGUCCAGUUGUCAGGUGCAGGACACCAUGAGACGGCUGGGUUCCAACCCAGAGGAGUGCUCCCAAAUCACUGCUGCCCUCUCCCACCUGAAGAGGGUUACUCAGACAGGUGAAGAUAUCAGGGAAGACCCAGGACCGUGGAUACCAGAACUGCCCCGAGGUGACAGCAACACAUUGCCACCCCCGGGCGGUCGCCCCUCCACCCCUGCCACCUUAACCCACGGCUCCACACCCAGUCCCCACGCGCACGGCCGUUCGUUCUCCGUGACCGUUGUACCCUGUGCGGACGACACCGGGCAUCAGGUGUACGCGGACGGCGUGUCGGACGUUUUCCACUCCUCACCGCUGCUCCUCAAGACCAAGCACCCCACACGAACACCACCGCCGCCCUCCCGAAAGCGCCUGCAUCUGCCCUUCAACUUCACCCUGACGCGGAGCAAGAGCCACGAGUCACAGCUGGCUAACCGCAUAGAAGAACCGGUGACCAUUAAGGGUGGUAAGAAGAACAAACUGCUACUGAACGUGCAUAUCAACAGUAGCAGCUGGAACGGGGGUGAAGACUUGGCCCGUACCCCUGGCCCAGCCACCGCCCCCUAUACCCUCCCAGGAACCCCUACAUUGCUGGACCACAACCUGUCGUUGCACCGGGGCUCUCCACAGAUGAUGAGGAGGGAUAUCGGCCUCUCUGUAACACACAGGUUCUCAACCAAGUCCUGGCUCUCACAAACAUGCCAGGUGUGUCAUAAGAACAUGAUGUUUGGCGUUAAGUGCAAACACUGCAAGUUAAAGUGCCAUAACAGAUGUACCAAAGAAGCCCUUCCAUGUAGGAUAUCGUUUCUCCCAUGUAAGCCCUGCCCAUUCCCAGACCCACAAAUGCGCCGGGCAGAAUCUGUACCAUCAGGUAUCAAUAAUCAAAUUGACCGUACGGCGGAGCUUCCAAUCCAGUUUGGCACUUUACCAAAGGCGCUAACGAAAAAGGACUACCCCCCCAUGCUGAGCCAGAUGGACUCCAGCAGUAACCCCUCCUCAACCACUUCCUCCACUCCCUCCUCGCCCGCCCCUUUCCAGCAGAACAACCCCCCCAGCGUCACUGCCACACCGCCCCCCAACUCCAUACCCAGCCCCCAGGGCCCCAGAGACAGCCACUUCCACUACCCAGCUGGCUGUUAUUUCCAACCUAGACAGCAGUUUGUCUUCCCUGAUGUUCUGUCUCCACCUUACCCAGUGGAGCCCCACCCUGAAGACUACCACAACACUGGAGACACACAGCAGCUGGUCCCUAAAUCUCAGUCUCAAGGACAGGAAGGAGGAGCGGAAGAGGCAGAGGAAGAGGAGGAAGAGGAGGAGGAGGAGGAAGAUCCAGCAGAUGGAGAUGAGGAACUCUGUAGCAGGGAGGGCAGAGAUCAAGGCCACUCCGACGGAGAAUGUGAUGGGGACGAGUUAGAGGACCUGCCCAGCUCCAGGGGACGGACGGCCGGGGGGCCGUGGAGGGGCCCCAUCUCUCGCAAGGCAAGCCAGACCAGCGUGUACCUGCAGGAGUGGAACAUCCCCUAUGAGCAGCUGGAGAUGGGGGAGCUCAUCGGCAAGGGCCGCUGGGGGAAGGUGCAUAAGGGUCGGUGGCACGGAGAGGUGGCAAUCCGGCUGUUAGAGAUAGAUGGGAACAACCAGGACCACCUGAAGCUGUUUAAGAAGGAAGUGAUGAACUACAGACAGACCCGCCAUGAGAACGUGGUCCUCUUCAUGGGGGCCUGCAUGGCCCCGCCCCACCUUGCCAUCAUCACCAGUUUCUGCAAAGGACGGACACUAUUUUCAUUUGUAAGAGAUUCCAAGACCACGCUGGACAUCAACAAGUCGAGGCAGAUUGCUCAGGAAAUUGUCAAGGGAAUGGGCUACCUUCACGCCAAAGGCAUUGUCCACAAGGACCUGAAGUCUAAGAAUGUCUUCUAUGACACAAACAAUGUGGUCAUCACAGACUUUGGACUUUUUGGAAUGUCCGGAGUGGUACAAGAGUACCACAAGAGGCGAGAGAAUGAGCUCAGGCUUCCUAACGGCUGGAUCUACUACUUGGCCCCUGAAAUCGUCCGCAGGAUGGGCCCUGGGAACCAUGAGGACUGCCUGCCAUUCUCCAGAGCUGCAGACGUCUACGCUUUUGGAACAAUUUGGUACGAACUGCAGGCCCGGGGCUGGCCAAUCACCAACCAGCCGGCAGAGGCCACCAUCUGGCUGGUAGGCAGUGGCAAGGGCUUGAAGAAGGUCCUUGCAGAGCUCACCCUGGGCAAGGAGGUCACGGAGAUCCUGUCUGCCUGUUGGUCUUUCAAGCCGGACGAGCGUCCCUCCUUCACCCAGCUUUCGGACGUGUUGGAGAGGCUGCCGAAGCUCAACCGCAGGCUGUCUCACCCUGGACACUGGAAGUCAGCUGAGCCCUGGGUUCAUCACCACUGCCUGCGGGACCAUUGUAGUCCCAGGCUGCAAUCUCGCUGCCCCUAUAUGUACAAAUAACUCAUCUCUCAGUGGCACGUUUGUCCUCAACAGAAACCCAAAGAAAUGCUUUAAAUUCAAAGACACAAGGAAUUCAAGCCUGUCCUCAAUUUGCUGCUUAUUCCACUUUUACCAGGCCUAGCAGGGGCUCCCUAACCCUGUUCCUGGAGAUCGACUGUCCUGUAGGUUUUCUGUCUGACCACAUUUGUGACUAACCUGAUUUAGCUUUUUAUCCAGUUAUUUAUUAGUAUUGGGUGUGCUAAAUUAGAGUUGGAGAGAACCUAGAGGAUAGUAGACCUCCAGGAACAAGGUUGGGUAACAACUGGCCUGUUUAGUAACAGCAGAGAACAGCUAUAUAUUUUUCCUCUAUUUAUCUACAUUUUGAACUAGAUUGGAGUUCUGUUGGUUUAGAUGUGGUGGUAAGGAGUUUGUAAUUUAAUCAUUAGCAGCUUCAAAAACCACAAACCUAAUAUUGUGGCUAUUGCCCUAACAAUAAUGAAAUAGCCAAGAGUCUAAUAAAGUAACCAAUAGAGUCAUGGAUCUUUGUUACCUUCAAAAUCCAGUAAAAUGCACUCCCUGACUUGGUUGCUGUUCAUUGUGCAACUGCUGUUAGCAUUAUGGUGUUAAUAUUGACUAAUGCACUCUUGUUCUAACCACUUGCUAUUUUUCUGUCAUUGUGCUGUUUGUCAUUUUUUCUUUCUCCUUUUUGUCACCCUACAUCUUAGGUUGUAACCUUCUCUGCAUGCAAGACUAAGUGGCAGUAUGGGUUUUAACAUCAGAUGUUGACUUGCCUCAUACAUUCUUUGCAUGCCUCAGUCACCAUGCCCUUUGUGUUAGUGUGCGUGUGUGUGAAUAUGUAAUGGGUGUGUGUAUGUUACGUAUGUGUGUGUAUGAACGUGUAUUCCUUGUUUGGGUGGUUGCUGAAUGUAAUGUCAUAGACUGCAGUAAUUGCAUGUUAGCAAUUAUAACCACACAAAGAUAUGUGUAUCUACAUGUAAUGUAUAUAAUUGUUUUAUUUAAUGUACAGAUAACAUUUCUUUUAUGUGUACAAAGUUUUUAUAUUUCAUUCUAUGUGACAUUAUAGGUACUUCACAUCUAGCUAUGUAGAGCUUUAGAAAAUACAUUUUCACUCCCAGAACUGUACAGUACUUAAAGAUGGGUUGGGAUUUUUAAUGUUAUAAGAACGUAUAUUUUUGUACAGAUUGCUGUAAAACUCUGAAAGCAUUUCUGUUUUCAUUAGUCAAAGGCAAUAAAAGUUCUCUAGUCAUUUGG